AUGAUGAUAACUCCAACUGAUGCCUUAAAUACUCUACAUGGUGCAAUAGAAGAAGAAGCCCUCGAAGCCGUAUUGGACAUCAUCUCAAAGGAUGGGAACCUUGUCAACAGAGUCCUGAUUAAUCAUACAGCUUUAACUCUGGCAACAGAACUCGGGGUCAGAUGUAUAAUUGAAGCUGUUAUGACAAGUGACAACCUAGAUGUCAAUGCUACAGACAGGUUUGGUCGACCUGCCUUGUAUUUUGCAUUCAAGAGUUGUCAGAUCUCAUUGGCUAGGACACUGAUAUCACGUGGUGCUGAUGUAAACCUAUCUAAGCCUCCGUUACUACAUGGAUGUUGUUAUGGUGGCAGUGACACUGAGGACGUAGUAUAUGAAUUGGUGGAACUAGGAGUUGAUGUCAAUGUUGUAGAUGAGAGAAACAGAACUGCGCUGCACAUUGCAGUUCAGAAUUCACUUUUUAAUAUAGCCAAAGCAUUGUUAAAAUGCAAGGCAAAUGUUAACGCUGUUGAGGGUUUUGAUUUCCAGACUCCAUUGAUGAUAUGUGCGGGAAAAUCUCCGAUCUCUAUUGACGACAGAAGUAAAGAGGAAUACCAUCGGUCCUUGAAAGUACUGAAACUUUUAUUAGAUAGUGGUGCUGACAUCAGCGCCAAGGACGAUAAAGGCCGCACUGCGAUUCAUAUUGCUCUGCAAAAUGCAAAUAUUCUAGCCAGUUCUCUACUGAUUCAUUGGGGAGCAAAACACGACUCUCUCAACUCAAAUACAAUUCGAUCAGCGUAUGAAAUUUCUUUGUUAAGAAACUGUUUAGAAAUGGCUUGCAUUAUUUUCUUCAAUUUUUAUAGACAUUUUGAAACCUUUCCUUUAAACUUUUAUAGCAAUGCAAAAGAGACUCUGCAAAAUAUAGGAAAGAAAAGACAAAACGAAUAUGUUUUGGCAUUGGAACAAUCAUUGACCGAUUUGUGCACACGACACUAUUGUCAAGAAGUUUCAGCUAAGGGACCGCUUGGAUUUAUGCAAAAACUACCGAAACUGCAAAACUUGUGUAGACAUACAAUUUUACGGAACUUAAACCUUUCUGUGUUUGAAAAUACUUGUAUAAAGUUGCCAACAGCUAAGACCCUUCAAGACUUCAUAUUCUACAACACCAGAUUUUCUAUCAUAUCUACUUUGUCUUUGAGCGAUAUUCAUAUCGCUACACAUAUGGGAGACCUCGAAAGUUUAGCAUUGAGAUUGAAUCCACAUAUCGUCAAUAUACCAUUUAAUGGUCUCUCUUUACUGGAAGUGGCCAUCUCAAGACAAUGUAUCCCCGGAACCAAUCUUCUUUUGGAAAACGGCGCGGAUCCUAAUGGUGAAACAAAAGAGGGAUUCUUACCAUUGCACCUGGCUUCUCGGCAAUGCUGUUUCGAAAUUGUCCAGAUUCUUUUGAAAUUUGGAGGAAAUGUGAAUGCCCUAGAUAAGCAGGGUAACUUGCCAAUACAUGAGGCUUGUGUCUCUGGACACUUCAACAUUGCCGAAUUACUGAUGCAGCACGGUUCUAUUUAUCACCACCCAGAUACCGAUGGUCGGUACCCAAUUCAUUAUUCCUGCGCUAGUGGUAAUUGGCACUUCACUAAUGUUCUUAUAAAGCUAGGGAUUGAUGGAGAUACCACUGACAAUUGUGGAUACACAGGACUUCAUCUGGCUGCUAGCAGAGGAAACCUCUAUCUAAUCCAAAACAUUGAGUUGCCAUAUUUGUUUGAAACAGAAUUACUGAUGAAGGGGUACAUGUUUGUUUUGAUGUAUUCGUGUAAUGUCAGAUGCGUGACAAAGCCAAAAUAUACACCACAGGUUAAUCAUAUUAAAGUUCUAGAAAAUCUUAUGACAGCAGGAUGUAACCAUGCGAUAUUGAGUAAUAAGAACAAAUCAGCUUUAGAUAUUGCAAGGGAUUAUGGCUUCACGGAUAUUAUGACUACGCUUCAACGAAGAUGA